AUGGCAGCAAGGAGACCAGCUCCAGGAGAAACGCUAGUGCACUUCUUUGACAUCAACAGCGAGGCCCCAGGUAAAUCACGAUCAUGGUCUCCCAACACCCUCCCCAUCCGCGCGGUGUUGAACUACAAGAUGGCCCCUUACACCCAAACAUACGUCGCCAUGCCAGACAUCGAGCCUCUGCUCAAGUCUCUCCAUGUCCCCCCGCUGGAAGGUGGCAGAGUGCCUUAUACGCUGCCGGCAAUCCUGCAUAAACCGUCCAUCCUGAACGAGGGUGCCACGCUCAACGACAGCUUUGCCCUUGCCGUUCACCUCGAGACCAUCUUCCCCCCGGAGGCAGGGUACAAGUCUAUCUUCCCCAACGGCCAAUGCAGCUAUGCCCUGGCCGUUGCUGUCCUGAAGGUGUUCCGUAGCAUUUACCCGCCCGCGCUGCCCUUUUGUUACCCGGCUGUGCCAAAGUAUCUGGAUGAAAGAAGCCGUGAGUAUUUCUACGCUUCUCGGAAACAGAUGCUUGGAAUGACGAUGGAUGAGUUCGAGGCGAAGGGUGAGGCGCUGGAAGAAGCGUGGAAAGCAACAGAGGCCGAGAUUGCGGUUUUGGUGAAGAUGUUGAAGGGACGCCCCAGCCCCAGGAAGAGCCGUGGACCGUUCUUUGAGGGAGAGCAUCCCGGAUAUGCUGACAUGGUCUUGUUGGGAUUCAUGGGCUGGUUCCAGAAGAACUCACAAGCCGACUUGGACAGACUUCUGAAGAUGGGAGACGGCGAGCUGCAGAAGGUCUGGGAUGCAGGGCACCAAUGGCUUGAAGCUGAGGGAGAAAACGUGGAAUAUGAGAUUCCGAAAUAA